AUGGAUUAAGAUGAAAUAAUUAAAUAAGUGGUUCAUGUUUUUAAUAAACUCUCUACAAACUAAUAAUAGCCUAUUAGCAAAGAGACUUUAUUAAAAUUCUUGGAUACUCAGUCAAAUUAAGAAUAUGAUAGGGGUCUUUUCGAAUAAAUGUAUGAAAAAAUAGUCCAAAAAGAUUCUGGAUAACUUACUGUAUAGAAAUUCAUAAGAACUUUGAUGGAGGCAUUGAAAUCAUUAAAAAAUAAGAUUUCCACUAUUUAAACAUAAAUAUCUCAAAAAAAAAAGAAUUUAGAGGAUCAUAAAUCAACAUUGCAUUAAUUAUAGUCUCAAGAACAAUUUAAUUAAUAUAAAAUAUCCAGAGACAGCAGAAUAAGAGUUACUAUUCACGAUGCAGAUAUUUAAUUUCCUGGAAAUAGUCCAAUUGCUGUGAUUUUGGGAUGUGAAAAUAUAAGAUACUCGACAAAAGCUGCAAGAAGAGAAAAUCUUGUGUGGGAAGAGAAAUUUGAAUUUGAUAUCCAAACUGGCAAAGAGGAAAUUUAUAUUGUUAUUUUAGAUAAAGAGUUGGCAGAUAGAGAAGAAAUAGGAGGAUAAACAAAACUUAAUUUAAAAGAUUUUUAUGAUUAAAAAUCGCAUGAAAUAACACUUGAAUUAAAGGAUAAAUAUAAUGUAGUUAGAUAUUCAACUAUUAGAGCUAGAGUACAAUGGAUACAUUCUUAAGUAUUUUGAUAUUUAUGAAAGACAAAAUAUUGCAAAGAAGUCACUUAAGAAUUACAGCAAAAUAUUAAAAGUCUAGAAGAUGAUGUGAAAGAAUACAAGAAUUAUAUUCAUAUGUUGUUCCUUCCUUUCGAAGAAAACUACUCAAAGUCAUAAGGAGACCACUAGGAACUUAGUGAUUACUCUACUAACUAACAUACUCCUCAGAACCAAUUAGAACAUAAUCCAGAAAGUCAAUAAUGGUUGAAAUAUGGAUUCAUAUUAACACUUAUUUACUCUUUUUUAGUGCUUUUUUCCUCUCUUUUUAAAACCGAAUUUUUGGAUGUAAAAUACCAUAACUAUCUUAGUCAAUUGUAAUAUUCUAAAGCCUAAUUUAUUAUUUGGACAAUGAUAAAUUCUCAUUAUAAUUGCAUAUUAAAGUAAUUACUUUGAUGCUGGCAUUCUCUCUUAUCAUUGAUGUAUUUUGGCUCAUUAUCUAUACUACUCCUUGGACAUCUAAUGAUGUAUUAUUUUUUUAAAUUGAACAUGGAUUUCAAGUCUAUGAAGUCAUUAUGUAGUAUAUAUUAUUCGGAAUAAAAGUAAUUUUAAUUUUAUUCAUUAGAUAACUUUAAUAUUUAUAUAUGGCUAUAUUUAUUAUUCUGAGAGCAUCAUCUAAAAUGAUCCACCAUAAUAUUCUGAAUCAUAAAGAUAAAAUAAAAAAUUAGUUGACAAUUCUCUUCAAGGAGACAAUGAGAAUUAUCAGAUUUAACAAUGA